AUGUCUGCCCGUCCCCAGAACAUCGGUAUCAAGGCCAUUGAGGUCUACUUCCCUCGUCAGUGUGUCGACCAGGCUGAACUCGAGAAGUUCGAUGGCGUGAGUGAGGGUAAAUACACAAUUGGUCUCGGCCAGACCAAGAUGAGCUUCUGUGAUGACCGUGAAGACAUCUACUCCGUUGCUCUGACCACCUUUUCCUCCCUCCUGCGCAAGUACAACAUUGACCCCAACUCCAUUGGUCGCCUGGAGGUCGGUACCGAGACCCUGCUGGACAAGUCCAAGUCCGUCAAGUCCGUCCUGAUGCAGCUCUUGGCUCCUCACGGAAACACCAACGUCGAGGGUGUCGACAACGUCAAUGCCUGCUAUGGUGGCACCAACGCUGUCUUCAACAGCAUCAACUGGCUCGAAUCCUCUGCUUGGGAUGGCAGGGAUGCCGUUGUGGUGUGCGGUGACAUUGCCCUGUACGCCGAGGGAGCUGCUCGCCCCACUGGCGGUGCUGGCUGCGUGGCCCUCCUGAUCGGUCCUGACGCUCCCAUCGUGUUCGAGCCUGGUCUUCGUGCUUCCUACGUCACUCAUGCUUACGACUUCUUCAAGCCCGACCUGACCAGCGAGUACCCGGUCGUGGACGGUCACUUCUCCCUGAGAUGCUACACUGAGGCCGUCGAUGCCUGCUACAAGGCCUACAACGCUCGCGAGAAGACCCUGAAGGAGAAGACCCAGAACGGUACCAACGGUACCGCCCAGGACGAGACCAAGACUGGCUUGGAUCGCUUUGACUACCUCUGCUACCACGCCCCUACCUGCAAGUUGGUGCAGAAGUCCUUCGCUCGUAUGCUCUACAACGACUACCUCACCAGCCCCACUCACCCUGCUUUCGCUGAAGUUGCUCCUGAGCUCCGUGACUUGGAUUACGCUACCUCUCUCACCGACAAGAAUGUGGAGAAGACCUUCAUGGGCCUGACCAAGAAGCGCUUUGCUGAGCGUGUGAAGCCUGCUCUUGAAGUUGCCACUCAGUGCGGUAACAUGUACACUGCCACUGUCUGGGCUGGUCUGGCUAGCUUGAUCUCCCACGUCACCUUUGACCCCAGCCAGCCCAAGCGUAUCGGUCUCUUCUCGUACGGCAGUGGUCUUGCCAGCUCCCUGCUUAGUGUGAAGAUCACCGGAGACGUCUCCAACAUUGUGGAGAAGCUUAACCUCAAGGACCGUCUUAGCGCCAGAACCGUCCUGCCUCCCCAGGCCUAUGUCGAUAUGUGUGCCCUCCGCGAGCACGCUCACCUGAAGAAGAACUUCAAGCCUACUGGCAACCCGGAGACGCUCUUCCCCGGCACAUACUACCUUACUGAGGUGGAUGACAUGUUCCGCCGCAAGUACGACGUCAAGGCAUGA